AUGGCAGUUGUGGAUUUGUUGUCUUCAACAGGUGUCAUAGGGGCACUCAUAUUUCCCCUUCUGAUCCGGGAAGGGAAGCCAACACCAUUUUUCACUUUUGUGUUAGCGCUUCUAUUCUGUAUUUACAAUGGCUACUUGCAAGGCCGAAGCUUAACCAACUAUGCAAAAUAUCCUUCAGGCUGGUUAAAAGAUCCACGUUUCAUUAUAGGUUUUAUAGGGUGGUUGAUCGGCAUGGCAAUCAAUAUUCAUUCUGAUAAUAUUCUCAGAAAUCUGAGAAAACCAGGGGAAACUGGUUACAAGAUACCAAGAGGAGGAAUGUUUGAGUAUGUCAGUGGAGCCAACUUUUUUGGAGAGAUCCUGGAAUGGUUUGGGUUUGCUCUUGCCUGCUGCACCAUUGAAAGCCUUGCAUUUGCAUUGUGUACACUUUUCAUCUUGGGUUCGAGGGCAAAACAACACCACCAAUGGUACCUUGAGAAAUUUGAAGACUACCCAAAAUGCAGAAAAAUUGUGAUCCCGUUUGUGUACUGA